AUGCUCUCUGGCACGGCCGGCAGUGCCUCUGCCCCCAGAUCCAAAGCGGGAUGCUGGACCUGCAGAAUCAGACAGGGAUGCGACGAACAACAGGACGACAAUGGAUCCUGCCAGGCCUGCGUCCGACUCGACAUCGAGUGUCUCGGAUGGGGCCAACGACGCCCAGACUGGUGCAGGGACAAGGACAAGUUGACCGAGUACAAACUCCGUCUCAAGCGCAAACU